GAUUCGCAUGUUGUGACAAAACCGAAGAGGAGAAUCUGGUGAAAUAGUAUUCGUAUUAACAAACGUAGUCAAGCUAGCUGAGUGCAAACUAACUCGUUGAAUAUAAAAGAUUAUUAUUUUUUCAUUGGCAGCUCAUUUAGAGUAAAUAAUUUUACGGAUUUCAGCUUAUAAUGGCCGCAGUUGACAGCUUCCAGCUUUUGUAUAGAGAAAUUGCUAGAUCGUGCAGUUGUUAUGUGGAAACGCUGGCGCUCGUGGGUGCGUGUUACACAGCCAGCAAGGCUGUGAUAUUUAUGAGGGACUGCUAUAGCCUGAUAAGGCUUCAUUUUAUUCCUCGGCUUGUGUCCCAUAGAGAUCUUAGUCAGCAGUAUGGACAAUGGGCUCUUGUAUGUGGUGCUUCUGAGGCAAUAGCAAAAGCAUAUGCAGAGGAACUGGCCAAACAUGGCAUCUGUGUGAUUCUGAUCAGCAGUAACAUCAGUAACUUAGCUGACACUGCCAAAGCCAUUUCAGACACUUGUGGGGUAGAGACCAUUUUAAUUGAAGCUGAUUUCAGUCAGGGCCCCUCAGCCUGCAAACCUAUUAAAGAUGCCAUCAGCGGUAAAGAUAUUGGAUUCAUUGUUAACGGUCUGGAUGGGUCUCUGGACACUUCUCAAGGCUUUACGGACCUCUCUGAAUCUGUAGUGUGGGAUUCUAUCAAUAGAAAUAUAGUAGCUGCCACUCUUGUCACCCGUCUGGCACUGCCCAAUAUGGUGGACAGGGGAAAAGGAGCAGUGGUCAACAUUUCUGCUGGGCGCUGCUUGUGUCCGACUUCCAGAAAGGCUGCUCUUUCUGCAUCUACGGCUUUUCUUGAUAACUUCAGUCGCUCUCUGCACUAUGAAUAUGGUCAUCGAGGAGUCUUUGUGCAGAGUUUGCUCCCUUUUAGAGUCUCAUCUCAAGAAUCUGAGGGUUACAGUCCUGCUGGCUGGCUGGUGCCAAGCCCACAAGUGUAUGCCAGCCAUGCUCUUUCAACUCUGGGCAUCUCUCACCGAACCACGGGAUACUGGCCUCACACCAUACAGUUUCGAAUGGUGCAGUGCAUGCCAGAGUGGCUAUGGAUGCUGGGAUCACGCGUAUUCACAAGGGCCACCUGACAGGGAUGUUUCCCCUCCAUGUGAAAGACCUAGUUUUUGAAAUUGAUGUUGCAGAGUUUAUUUUGACCAAACUUAGAAUAAUUAGAAUAAUAAUAUAUUUGACCAAAUUUACAGUGAUGAAAGUGUUUAAACUGAAAACCAACUACUCACCUUGUCCCUUUAGCCCUAAUACUGAGUUCUGAGUGAAAUGCCUCAGUUUUUCAGUAUAUUUGUUUGCACAAUUAUACAAGUGGUUUGAAUAUGGUGACAAAUCUGUAAUGUUUAUUUAAUACUACUUUUUUCUUUAAUCCAUUCUUUAUGCAUUUUUCAGUAUAUUUAGAAAAAAGGGUUUUGUAAAUUCUUUUUUUUCCAAGUGUUUUUGAGUAUACUGGCUAUACUCAGCAGUAAUACAGUAGAUCUUCAUUGCAUCAUUGUAUAGCCAGUGUUUGGUUACUGCAGUGUAUCUCAUUUAGUUGUUGCAGCUAUGAAAUUAUCAAUAAAAAGCUCCAAUGUUUAUAAAAA